ACCCCAAAUGAGGUUUACCCAACAUGCAGCUUGGUUAUGAGAAGAUAAGUCAAGAUGGCGACUAAAAUAAUCAAAGAAAGUGCUCCUCCUUUUGAUUGUCCAACAUGGGCAGGCAAGCCGCCCCAAGGGCUACAUCUAGACGUGAUGAAGGGAGACAAACUGAUGGAGAAACUGAUCAUCGAUGAAAAGAAGUACUACUUAUUUGGGAGGAACCCCGAUUGGUGUGACUUCACCAUCGACCAUCAGUCAUGCUCCCGUGUCCAUGCGGCCCUGGUCUACCACAAACACCUGAAAAGGGUCUUUCUCAUAGACCUCAACAGCACACACGGUACUUUCCUUGGACACAUCCGUCUGGAGGCACACAAACCUCAGCAAGUUCCCAUUGAUUCUACAAUAUCUUUUGGGGCCUCAACAAGGACCUACACCAUCAGAGAGAAGCCUCAAACCCAAGGCCCCGCUGGCACAGGAGACAGUAAGACAGGAGAGGAUGAGGAGCUGAAAGGACUGCUUGGGCUUCCAGAGGAAGAGACGGAGCUAGAGAAUUUGACAGAGUUUAACACGGCUCACAACAAGCGCAUCUCCCUACUGACCAUUGAGGAGGGUAAUCUGGAAAUCCAGAGGCCUAAGAGGAAACGCAGGAAUUCCAGGGUUACCUUCAAUGAGGAGGACUCCAUCAUUAACCCAGAGGAUAUAGACCCCUCGGUGGGACGGUUUAGGAACAUGAUACAGACUGCUGUCAUCCCCAUCAAGAAACGAAGAUCAGAGGGUCACAACACUCUGGGUCUUGAUGAAAUGACUUCAAAGCGCAUCCACGGCUACAGCUUGGGUGGUGGUCUCUAUGGGGACUUACCUCCCACCAGUCAUGAGAACCAGCCAACAGGAGCUCCAGGAGGUGCUUCUAUGCAGGGAGGGCUUCCUCUGCCCUUCCCUAAUCCAGCACCAGAGGUGGACCUGGCCCCAGAGGCUCCCCACCCCCCUGUCACUCUCAACCCUACCCCUGUCACAGCCCCCUACCUACCAGAGACCCACAAUGAGCCACGCAAAAAGAAGUAUGCCAAAGAAGCAUGGCCGGGCAAGAAACCCACCCCUUCGCUACUCAUCUAACAGUUUCUUAAAUCUGCUGGUUCUCUGGUUGCCAGCAGAUACAUCAGGGACUGUGACAUGGCAGCGGUGGAGUCAUUAACUUCUCAAUCUUCCUUUUUACUGUUUGUUGUGCUACUCAUCAUCACAAAAAGAACCAUACCAUUACCUUGUGGUCGGUCACAAAAUAUCAUCUUCAUUACCAAGUCAGCAGUUGAUUAGUUGGCUAGAACAUGGCAGGCGACAAUUAACGUAAAUUUACAAGACUUGGCAAUCAGCAUUUGAGCCUCAGAGUGGCAGUUAGAUGUUUGUUUGUGAGUGACAGGCUGCAUGGGUAGGAUGGUUCAUGAGUUAUGUUUUGGAUGUAAAGUUGGAUUUUUUUUUUUUUUCUACUAAAAACGUUUCAACAUUUUUUUUCACUCCAGUGUUUUGAUAAUGCUGUUAAACAAAUGGCAAAAAGUACUUUUUUAUAAAAAAUAUUUUACUGUGAGAAGUCAGAUAAUCCAGACAGUAAGUAUGUUUCUAUCAAAACAGA